AUGAUCCUCCUGGAAGCUUUGAAUUCCGUUGUAACACGCCUGUUACCACCGGCUCCUGGCCAAGAUGCCCAACAUCCCCUCGCGUUGGAAGCGGUUCCUGGUCUAGUGACCGUCUUGGAUGCGGCACUCUACCGUGCCGUCGAAGGACAAUUGACGGCCACGACAUGUGCCGGUCAUGCUCUUCUCAGUGCGUGGUUGGAUUUGAAACAUCAAGCGCGAUUGGUCUUGCGCGAGUUGGCGCAAUCGGAAGAAUCACCCCGCCGGACCAUGGCCGAAUCGUUUUGUCGACUCGCCAUUGAAGCCUGUCAAGAUGCCACCGAACGAUUGUCGACAGACAAAUUGGCCCAAUCGGCCAAUCUCAGUGAUCCGUAUACGACCACGAUUGCCGGAGGCUCCAAUACAGUGUUAUCAGGAGUUGGAGUCCACGGCAUUCGCUCGGGUGUCUUGGAUAGCCAAAAGGAAACCGGACGACGCUUUAUUAGUGAACAACGUCCGAAAGAUUGUUGGGAAACGUCCCGUCUCAUUUGUCCCGACUAUGUCUGGGCCGAUGAUUCCUACACGAGUUGUCAACGAUUGAUGCGUCAUCUCACCCGACAUGCAUUCUACAAUGAUAAUAACAAUCAUCAUGAUGUGGCACAACAAUUAUUAUAUGGAACGCCCAAACAACGCGUCCGAUUGUCGGCACUUGCGGAACAAUAUGUUGCGAUACUCCUGAGAGUCGUUCAAGACAGUUUGCCGUGUCGCAUGGCGCAAUUCAAAGCGGCGGCGGAAGCCGAUUCGGUCGUUUCGAAACGAUUGUAUUUGGUCAAGUGCGAAUAUCGAGCGCCGUUUCGAACCUUUCUGGAAGCCCAUCAAUCGGUGCAACGGGCCCCUUCUAUACAAGCCGUGGGAGACUAUUUGGCGUCGACACAACCCGCACCAAUCAAACAACAACGACAAAAACAAGCGCAAGCAACAUUGCAAGCAUUAUUGGAAACACCGCAAUUGUUGGAAGCACUGGCAUGCGAACGAGAUGCCGAAGGCAUGGAAGUCGAAGUCGCCAAAGCAUUGUUUCCAUUUACGGAAAUGGCACGCAUUUUAGAACACAAACGAGGACGAUUGGUGGCCCUCCCAGGGGUAGUGUCCGAGGAAAAGGUGUCCGAAUUGCAGGGUUUAUUGAGGCGCCUCAAAGUUCUCUUGUGCCGACGAUCGGGACAAGAAACUUCCACGGGGAUUCGACCUCUGCUGUUGGAUAUCCGAGGCAUGCCAAGGGAUGAGGAUGUCUACCACAUUAGUGCUAGUACUAGUACAUCAUCGUUGACGUCAGUAUCCAACAAUAAAACAACCGACAUGGAUGUAGAUUCCCUUCAUCGUCUCGAUCAAUUGGUCGACAAUCUACGGCUGCUGGGCUCGCUCAUGAAGAACCACAAGAAUGCAUUCCCCACCGAUAGUAAACGCAGUGAUGUCGACUUUCCAGCUUCCAUACUCAAGGGAUGCACCGAAGAAUUUGAUGGCGAGUUGUUUCAUUGUCAGGUACACGAUUUCUUUACCAUUGUCAAGGAACAACGGCAUGCCAUGGAGAGUGGGGAUGUGGAACGAUUGGAGGCAGAGAUUCGAAAAGCGGAAAUGGAAGCCAGUUUGGCCGUCGCUUCCAACCAGAAUCUGGAAAUGGUACGACAACGACUGGAAUUGCUCGGGUCGGAUGGACAAAAACGAUUCGAUGUUCUGAAACAAAUGGUCGAAGAGGUUUGUUUGAGAGAAAUGAAUCUACACGUCUCAUUGACAGCUCCCGAUCCAUGCAAGACACUGUUGCUCAAGCCGACGUCGGCGUUGGGGUUGUUUGGCUAUCAUUUGCAGCGCAAUGGGGAACCACUGCCUAUUGGGUAG